AUGUCAAACGUGUUGUUGAACUCCACAGUCAUAACUUUGUCAUCAAAUGAUCUCAAAGGUUCCCUGCCUCGAUUAUCAUCAAAUGUGGCCGUUCUCGUUAUAUCAGACAACUCUUUAACAGGAAAAAUCUCUUCCCUUUUGUGUGAUCAUAAGAUGCUGAAUGAGAAAAGCAAUUUGAUGGUCUUAGACCUAUCUAUGAAUAAUCUACAUGGAGGGCUUACAAAUUGUUGGAAGUAUUGGAAAUCAUUGGUUCAUAUUAACCUGGGAAACAAUAAUCUAAAAGGCAUGAUACCCCCAUCAAUGGGGUUGUUAUCUAAUCUUUCCUCACUGCAUUUACAUGAGAAUAAGCUCUAUGGAGAGAUUCCUCCCUCACUGCAAAAUUGCCAUUCUCUAUUGAUCUUCAAUGUUCGUGAAAACAACUUUUCAGGAAACAUACCAAACUGGAUACCACACAGUACAAAGGCUCUCCAAUUAAGGUCAAAUAAUUUUAGAGGUCAUAUCCCACCACAAAUAUGCCAAAUAUCUUCAGUCAUUAUUUUGGAUAUUGCAGAUAACAAAAUCUCGGGACAUAUACCUAGUUGCAUACAUAACAUCACAGAUUUGGUUUUCAACAAUGCUUCACAAAACAAGCUUACUUUUUACUUUGCUUUAAUUGGUAAUCGUAACUUUUUCUUGGAGGACACUCUUGAGCUGGUUACAAAAGGUCUAGUAUCAGAAUAUGGGAAAAACCUUCACUUUAUGACCUUAAUUGAUAUGUCAAAUAACAAUUUGUCUGGGACAAUACCUUCUCAAAUGUUUGGCCUCAUUGGACUGAACUCCUUGAACUUGUCCCACAAUGAAUUAACGGGCACAAUACCAAAUGAGAUUGGCAACAUGAAAAACUUGGAGUCCCUUGACUUUUCAACAAACCAACUUUGGGGUGAAAUUCCUCAAAGCUUGUCCAAUUUGUCCUUUUUGGGUUUCUUAAACUUAUCAUUCAACAAUUUGAUGGGAAAAAUACCAUCAGGCACCCAACUUCAGGGAUUUAGUCCACUCAGCUAUAUAGGCAACCCUGGUCUUUGUGGACCUCCACUUACAAAAAUUUGCUUGCAAGAUGGUAAAUCUAAAGACACAAACCCAAUAGAUGAAGAUGGGGAUGAAUCUGAAUUUUUUCCUUGGUUUUAUAUUGGAAUGGGAUCUGGAUUUGCCAUAGGCUUCUUGGGAGUUUGUUGUGCCAUUUUCUUAAAUAGAAAAUGGAGGCACGCUUACUUCAACUUUCUUUAUGACUUGAGAGAUAGGCUUUAUGUCAUGGUGGUCAUCAAUAUCAAUUCCUUCCGUCGAGGUAAUUGA